AUGCCUCCGACAGUCACAACGCCACCUGAGCUGGAGGUGCUUACCUUCUUGUCGGACCCUAACGCUCAGGUUCGACAGGUAGCUCUCAACAACAUUGUCGGUUUCAGUGCGAAAGACAGCCCGCACCGCUCUCUCCUCAUUUCGAAGUACAAGAAUCGUGAUGGCUCGCCCCUCAUGGGCCGCGAUGGCAAGGAGGUCGACACCAUAGAAGAUCUGAAGCGACUCUGCCAAGACCAGCCUAUCACCGCUCACGAUGCUUUCAGCGCACUCAUCAACAUUUCUGACAGCCUGGUGCUGGCACGCAAGAUCGGCGACAAGGCCUUCCUCGAGUUCCUCGUUCGCUACAUUGCCGAUCCUGUCUCGCUCCUCGCAGAUCUCGCAUGCAUGCUCCUCUCCAAUCUGACCAAGCUCGAGUCCAUUUGUGCCAUGCUCCUCGACCUCCAAGUUCAGGCUCGUCCCUUCUACAGUUUCAUGGCCUCUGAGGAGAUGGAAGGUGCACUCAACGGUAUGGACGUUGAGCCCAAUGACCCCGAAUACGCCGCCAAGAAGGUCAAAGCUGACGAGUAUGCCAAGAAGGUGGCAGUAGAAGCAAAGAAGAUCGAAGAAAAAGUACCGGCGAUGGCUAGGCUGCUAGAUGCUUUCGAGGAGGGUGCAACGGUCGCUUCCCAGGGGAGCGAUCUCGAGGCAAUGAAGCAACGUGCAAAGGAUGCUGCGACAAAGGCCCAACAGGAUCAGGACAAGGAGCCAGAGAAGGUGGAGCGCGGAAUAGACGGCAGGCCACGAAUCAAGCGCAAGACCAACUGCAACUUCCUCGCUAGUGUCUUUGCCAACGUUACAGUGCUUCCAAGAGGCCGAGACUGGUUUGUCGCUCCCUUGUCAGCAUCGUCCGCCGCUGCCUCUGCCACAGCGCAGGCCGCCUUGGCUGGUGGUGUUGACGAGCAGGGUACCGCUCCUCCUGCUACCGAAUACCCUGUCGCUCGUAUCAUGGCCUUCACAGAACACCCCAACCUCAUCCGCAGAGGAGGUGUUAUCAGCACGCUUAAGAACGUCCUCUUCGUCACAUCCGCACACAAGCUUCUCGUCGCUCCACCAGCAUUUCGUGACGGAGAAAACGAGAUGCUUGCGGGCGCCCUUCGUGCCACCACUCGUCCGCCUUCCUCUGUAGAUAUCCUCCCUUAUCUCCUGCUUUCGCUAUGCGAUGGCAAGGAGCUUUCCGAGGUCGAUCUCGAGGACCAGGAGGAGCUGCCAGAGGAGUGUCAAAUGCUUCCCGAGGAAAAGAAGCGCGAGAAGGAUCCUGCACUUCGACUGAUGCUCGUCGAGUCCCUUCUGCUUCUGUGCACCAACCUCUACGGCCGACAAUGUCUGCGUGCACGUGGCGCCUACGUUGUUGUUCGAUCAUCACACUUGGUUGAACCGGACGAGAAGAUCGCCGAAGCAGUGCUCAGGCUGGUCAACAUCCUCAAGAGAGAUGAAUCGGCCUCCACAACCAAGGAUUUGGAGGACGAUGCAGAGGCAAAUGAAGACGACGUCGGUGCUGAGCAGCAAGAGGCAGAAGACAGCGAUGACGAGGAUCUAGAGAUUGAGGAGCUUUGA